CUGCUAGCAGCAGGGCGUGGGGGCAGCCAACCGGAAAAACCCUACACCGCUGAUUGUUUUCCAGUUUGUUCCCCCCAGUGCUCUAGAGAUUGGAAAAGAAGCUGUGAACAAUUAUUGUUAUAAUUAAAAUAUUCAAGUCAUUCACUGAGAUCUACUCAUCAACCUCUCAAUUAUUCAUUUGCCUCACAAAUCGCAGGCUUCUUCCUUCUUUAACCGAUGCGGCUCCUGUCCGGAAAACUAUCCGCCCUCCCGCGCGGCGGGGGUUCCCGCUCAUCCCCGCGCAGUUAAAAGCCCCUCCUCAUCCUCCUCUCGAUGUUGCCCUCCUCACCAGACCAAGCCCGUCUUUCACCAUGGUUUCCCAAACCGUCACCAUCACCGGAUUUGACGUCAAGGACGUUCGGUUCCCCACCUCCCUCGACAAGACUGGCUCCGAUGCUAUGAACGACAAUGGCGACUACUCCUCCGCCUACGUGAUCCUCAAUACAAACACCGACUUCUGCGGCCACGGCAUGACCUUCACUAUCGGACGAGGUAACGAUAUAGUCUGUCUUGCAGUGAAGAACGUUGCCAAUCGUCUCGUCGGCAAGUCUCUGGACGAGCUCACCUCCGAUAUGGGAAAGACAUGGCGCUAUUUGGUCGGCGAUUCACAGCUGCGCUGGAUUGGCCCCGAAAAGGGAGUCAUUCACCUUGCUCUAGGAUCGGUUGUCAAUGCUCUAUGGGAUUUAUGGGCCAGAGUACUGGAUAAGCCUGUCUGGAAGAUUGUGGCCGAUUUCACUCCCGAGGAAUACGUCCGCUGCAUUGACUUCCGCUACAUCACCGAUGCACUCACGCCCGAGCAAGCCAUCAAGCUGCUGAAAGAGUCACUUCCCGGAAAGGAAGAGAGACUAAAAGACGCAUUCAACGAUCAAGCGGUUCAGGCAUACACAACUUCUGCGGGAUGGCUAGGAUACGGAGACGAAAAGAUGAAAGCUUUGCUUAAUGAAACCAAGAAAGAAGGCUACAAGCAUUUCAAGCUUAAAGUUGGCGGAAGCGUGGCGGAGGAUUCUAGACGCCUAAGAAUUGCUCGUGAAGUGCUUGGAUAUGAUGAAGGAAACGUCUUGAUGGUGGACGCAAAUCAAGUCUGGUCUGUUCCCGAGGCAAUCGACUAUAUGAAACAGCUCGCAGAGUACAAGCCUUGGUUCAUCGAAGAGCCCACUUCGCCGGAUGACAUCGUGGGCCAUCGCACCAUCAAAGAGGCUCUUAAACCCUACGGGAUCAAAGUUGCCACCGGCGAAAUGUGCCACAAUCGCGUAAUGUUCAAGCAAUUCCUACAGCUGGGUGCCAUCGAUAUUUGCCAGAUCGACUCGUGCCGGCUAGGUGGCGUCAACGAGGUUCUCGCCGUUCUUUUGCUUGCAAAGAAAUUUGACGUUCCGGUGGUACCGCAUUCCGGCGGCGUCGGCCUCCCAGAAUAUACCCAGCACCUUUCCACUAUCGACUAUGUUGUUGUUUCUGGAAAGAAAAGUCUGCUCGAGUAUAUCGAUACUCUCCACGAUCAAUUCUUCACCCCUACCAAAGUGAAGAACGGUUUCUUUGUAACUCCGGAGAAGGCAGGGUACUCGGUCGAAAUGAAGCCGUCUGCGUGGGAUACGUAUGAGUAUCCCAACGGCUCGUUCUGGAAGAGUGCAGAAGCUGCUGAUAUUGUGAAGAUGAACUACAAGUAAAUCGGCAAUGCAUUGUGAUAGAUUAUCAAAGAAAAACAAUACAUGCGUUGUCUGCUUCGAGGAGGAGAGUUUGGUUUUUAGUAAGCCGCAGUGAAGAAAAUCAUGUAGCUCUUUGGGUAAGGGUAUUAUACUCCCAC